AUCGUGUCCGCCUGCCCGCCAUUGUUGGUAUCAAAACAAAAAUUGAAUUUGAAACAAUUUAGAAGAUGAGCAAAAGAAAGGACAAGAGCUCCUCCGGGCCGAGCCCGAGCUCGUCGAUGACGACGCGGAGCAGGAUGAGCGUCGACAGAAAAGUGCAGUAUCGAAAUUUCCUUGAAGGGUUUUCAAAACUCGAACUUGAAGGUGCCAGCAUGGAUGAGAAGAUGGAGUACACAACCAAUGUCAUCAAGGAGGCCGACGAGCUGCUGCAGCAGGGUUCCAUGGAGGACCGAGUCAAGAACCCAACGGAGAGCUUCCUAGCGUCCCGGGUGCUCCGCGCGGCCAGCCAGAUGGCGGCCACGUGCGCCGCCGGCGUCUCCGGCGCCGUGCACGUGUACGACCGCCGGGAGCUCGCCGCGCACAUUAAAGAGAAGCCAGAAUUCUGGAACGUCCUGUUCCCGCUGGAGGCGCCGGUGACGUGCUCGCUGUUCGGGGCCUUCGACGCCGCGCCCGAGGAGCGCCCGCGCGCCGAGCGGCGCCGCGUGGAGCGCCAGGCGCUCGCCGAGAAGAAGGCCCCGGCCAAUGUUGACAAAAUGGACAAGACCGAAGAGGGCGCGGAGAUGGUGGCCCGCGUGAAGCGCUUCGUCACCAAGACCUUCCAGCGCACCGGAGCCCCGCUCAGCUACUUCCACACCGUGCUCGACCCGGGGAGCUUCGCGCGCUCCGUGGAGAACGUCUACCAUCUCUCGUUCCUGGUUAGAGAAGGCGCUGUCUCCUGCCACGUGGGUAAGACCUUCCAGCGCACCGGAGCCCCGCUCAGCUACUUCCACACCGUGCUCGACCCGGGGAGCUUCGCGCGCUCCGUGGAGAACGUCUACCAUCUCUCGUUCCUGGUUAGAGAAGGCGCUGUCUCCUGCCACGUGGGUAAGACCUUCCAGCGCACCGGAGCCCCGCUCAGCUACUUCCACACCGUGCUCGACCCGGGGAGCUUCGCGCGCUCCGUGGAGAACGUCUACCAUCUCUCGUUCCUGGUUAGAGAAGGCGCUGUCUCCUGCCACGUGGACGAGGAGCACGGGCUGCCGUUCAUAGCGCCGGUGACGGAGGAGGCCCGCGGCGGCGGCCUCGCCAAGGAGCACCAGUUCAUAGUCAGCCUGGACAUGCAGAGGUGGCAGGACCUAAUAAAGGCGUUCAACAUCGACCAACCGAUGAUGGUGCUCAAGCGAUAGUGACCGAAGAACAAUAUUUGUGACGUUUUCAAGUAAAAGGUAUCACAUUGUCCCUUACCGUAACGACGAAAAUUGCUAAUAUCUUUAAACGAAUAACCUGUCAGAGCGUCCUUGUGGCAAGCUACAAAGUGGCACCUUUUGCUUGAAAACGACACAUUUGUUUAAUGUGUACACAUGUUAAUAACAAAUGUGACGUUUUUAACCAAAAGACACUUCGGUUGCUAGAUAAAACGAUAUUUCAUUUCAUCUUUUAUAAUUAUACGAGAAGCGUCUUUUGGUUUAGAACGAUAUAUUAACUUAUCGUAAAAAUUUAAAAUAUGUGACUUUCCAUUACAGAAAGGUCCUUAGGCUUCAAGUGCUAUAAGGAAGUUUCCAUCUGAAAUCCCAGUAGAAAUUCUGAUAAAAAGACCAUUAUUGCAGAUGAAGCAUAAAUAUUAAAUACCCUUCUCUGAUGGAAAGCCACAUAUGUAUUACUAUUUUGCACUUAGAGUCAGACCAAGAAUAGUCUGCAGCGGAUGUGAUACCCCACGCAGUGAAGUUAUUUCAAACUUCAAACUUCUAUGAAAUUAUGACGUAUAAAUGACACUUGCACUGCGUGGGCUAUCAAAUCCGCUGCAGACUUUUUUUGGUCCGACUCUAUCCCUUAAUUAAAGUGCUGAAUUGUUUUAUUGGUUUCAUUGCAAGCAUGUGUUAGACUGGGUCUCAUAUGCCGCGACGAGACGGUACGCCGCUGGUCAUAUUUUUAUACUAAUACAUAAUUAUAUUUCUAUCUCUCCAAAUUCGAAUAAAUAAUUUGGACGGUAUUUAGGGAAAAGGAUCCGACCCAAGAAUUCUGUCAAUUUAAUUUGAAGUUUCUUUUUUUAUCUUAUAUGGCAAAACUAAAUUUUUUAAAGAUAGCUACAAAUGUAGUGCAUAAUUAUUUUUCAUCGUAUUUACACGGAAAUGCACGAACGUGCAUUACAGUACUAAAAGGUGUUAUUUCAGUACUAAAAGGGUUGUGCACAAAUCACGCGAGGUGUUUUCGGCUACUUUUUGACCCCCCCUCCCCCUUGGUGAUAUUUGGUGAGGUUUUUGGCUACCCCCCUCCCCCCACACAACCUCACGCAUAUUUAAAAAAAAUUACCGAGAAAAAAUAUCUAGUCAUGUGGUAGGUCUUUUUUUCUUAGUUUCGUUCACUGUAGAUAAAUAUACGUGAGGUUUCCUUAUACCCCCCUCCCCCAACGUGACCUAUCGUGAUUUUUUCGUGACCCCCCUCCCCCUAUCGAACCUCGCGUGAUUUGUGCACAAGCCCAAAGGGGUCAUCCAUUAAUUACAUCACACGUUUAGGGUGAGGGAGGGGGUCAAGAAAAUGUGACAUGGGGGAGGGGGGAGACACAAAGUUUGUGACGUCACUUUAACUUCAUCAGUAACCGAAAAUUUAUUUAAAUUAUUUUAUUCGCUGUACAUUUAAAUAACAAGUUUUUAAAACGAUAAUCGUUUUUAUUCGUUUAAUUUUCUUUCCUAAGCAGUUUUGGGUUAUAAAAUAACUAAUAUUUAUAUCGUCAAAAAUAUUUUGAUAAAAUAUUAAUAAUACUUAGGUACCUACUUAAUUCCACAUGGCGAUUUCGUAGAAAAAAUGUGACGUCACACUAGGGGGGGAGGGGUUUGCCAAAUGUGACCAAGUGUGACAAGGAGGGGGGGGGGGGGGUCAAAAAACCUAGAAAUUCGUGUGACGUAAUUAAUGGAUGACCCCAAAGUACUGACGCUGACUGAAGUAGCAUGACAAAUACAUCGCUCACUCUGUUAACUGUACAUCAGUGGACCUUAUCCCUUUUGUAAUAAGGACCACCGAUGUAUAGUUAUGAAUGUUGCUGUUUGUACGAACGUUUCCGAGAAAAUACGACGGAAAACAAUUACGCACUACAUCUGUUUAAUUAUUGAAGUGAAAACUUCUUUUUCAUCACACUCGCUCAGCACAUUUGGAAUUGCACGCAGAUUUAGCGGGAGUUAUAGAAAAAGCGUUCUCCCUAGGGAGUUAUGAAGUUUCUAGUGCCAUGAUUAACAGUUUUUUGUCUUUAUACUUAAUUUUUGUAUCGCAAGUGUGAUGAAAAACAUUGUGUGUAACUCGGGGCGUAAUAAUAUUGCAAACGAGAGUAAGUUAAAUCGCGACGGCUUGCCGGAGCGAUUUAUAGACUCGAGUUUGCAAUAUUCAACUUACGCCCCAUGUUGCACAAUGUACUAUUUCACACCACCUAUUCGGAAAUAAGCUUUUUCUUCCCUGCUAGGAGGGAUCAAAGUGGCACUUUUCCUCCCUGCUAGGAGGGAUCAAAGUAACACUUUUCUGUUCAAGCACACUAUUUUUACAUUUUUUGUACAUUAUUUUAUUAGCUUAAAUAAUCUGUUUAAGCAUCAGAUUGUGUCAUUGAGAUUUCUUUAUUUUCCUCAUAGAAAUAGAAAUAGAAAUAGAAAUUAUUUGCAGAAUUAUAGUUGAUGUGAAAAGCAGUAUGUGUCACACGGUAUCAAAAUUAUUUCGUCUUGGGCGUUAACACUUGAAUCCCUCAUUACGCUCAGGAUUCUACAAUAGAAUCCAUCGCUUCAUUCAGGAUUCAAUGCACGCCCUUGACGAAAAUAUAUCCUUUUGAUCCCUUGUAACACAAACUACUAUAGCGACGCUGUGCACUUUUUGUGAUGGGGAAAAAAUGUUAAACUCGUAACAGGUGUCACGUGACCGUAAGACGUAAGACGGACACGUGACCUGAUCGAAAAACUGUUACAAUGAGUUUUUCUUUAUUGAUUUAAAUGCCAUCUAGUGAGUUUCGCUCUAACUGGUACUAACAUAACUCGAGUACUAACAGUGAUGUGCUUAGGGAUUUCAAGUGAUGCGACCAAAUAACGCUAGAUGGCGUUAACCUCAAUCAUACAUAGUGCGUCAUUCGGUUUUCACUUCUGCCGGCACUCCCGGAGUGCAACCCGUUGUUUUAUUAUCUGUAUAUCCUCUUCCAUAAAUUACGUCAAUUUGAUUAAAAAAUAACCCCAGUGACAUAAUAAGUAUCACUGAUACCGUCUAAAAUAUCUGAGCUGUGAAAUAAUUAAGAUUAUAAUGUAAGCAUUUUUACUAAUAAUAAAGGUUGAUUUUCAUAA